AAGCGUUUCCAGGUGACGGCCGCCCCUGCCCGGCAGCACCCGGCGGGCGGCAGUUGCGGCGUAGCGGGCGCUGCUAUGGAGCACAUCCGCACCACUAAGGUAGAACAAGUGAAAUUACUAGACAGGUUCAGCACAAGCAAUAAGUCGCUGACGGGAACUUUGUACCUUACAGCAACUCAUCUGUUAUUCAUAGAUUCAAGCCAGAGAGAGACAUGGAUACUGCAUCAUCACAUUGCUGCAGUAGAAAAACUUCCCUUGACUACUUCUGGCUGUCCCCUUGUCAUCCAGUGCAAGAACUUCAGGAUAGUUCACUUUGUUGUUCCCAGGGAGAGAGAUUGUCAUGAUAUUUAUAACUCUUUGCUUCAGCUGUCAAGAACAGCAAAAUAUGAAGAACUGUAUGCCUUCUCCUAUAAUCCAAAACAAAAUGAAUCUGAGCAAGUCAAAGGUUGGCAACUUAUUGAUCUAUCAGAAGAAUAUAAGAGAAUGGGAGUGCCAAAUGAUUACUGGCAGUUGUCUGAUGCAAAUCGUGAUUAUAAGAUUUGUGAAACCUAUCCUAGAGAACUUUAUGUUCCCAGAACUGCAAGCAAGCCCAUAAUUGUUGGUAGCUCCAAGUUCAGAAGCAAAGGAAGAUUCCCAGUGUUGUCCUAUUACCAUAAAAAUAAAGAGGCUGCAAUUUGCAGAUGUAGUCAACCUCUCUCAGGUUUCAGUGCCAGGUGCCUGGAAGAUGAACAUAUGUUGCAAGCCAUCAGUAAAGCAAAUCCUUCAAAUCGAUACAUGUAUGUCAUGGACACCAGGCCAAAGCUUAAUGCAAUGGCAAAUAGAGCUGCUGGGAAGGGUUAUGAAAAUGAAGACAACUACUCUAACAUUAGGUUCCAGUUUGUUGGCAUUGAAAAUAUUCAUGUAAUGAGAUCCAGCUUACAAAAACUUCUGGAAGUCAGUGGCACAAAGGGUUUAUCUGUCAAUGACUUCCUGUCUGGUUUGGAGAAUUCUGGAUGGCUGCGUCAUAUCAAAGCUGUGUUGGAUGCUGCUGUCUUCCUAGUCAAGGCAAUAGCAGUUGAGAGUGCAAGUGUAUUAGUGCAUUGCUCAGAUGGCUGGGAUAGGACUUCCCAAGUUUGUUCUCUUGGAGCUCUCUUGCUGGAUUCCUAUUACAGAACAAUCAAAGGAUUCAUGGUCCUGAUAGAGAAAGACUGGAUCUCUUUUGGGCACAAGUUCUCUGACAGGUGUUGCCAGUUGGGUGGUGAUCCCAAAGAGAUCUCACCAGUGUUCACCCAGUUUUUAGAAACUGUGUGGAACCUGACUGAGCAGUUUCCACAAGCCUUUGAGUACAAUGAAGCUUUCCUCCUUCAAAUCCACGAACACGUCCAUUCCUGCCAGUUUGGUAACUUCCUUGGAAACUGUCAAAAAGAACGAGAAGAACUCAAAUUAAAAGAGAAGACAUAUUCCUUGUGGCCAUUCCUUCUGGAUGAAAAGAAGAAGUAUCAGAAUCCUCUGUAUAAUCCAGACUUCUCUCCAGAGCUGACUCUUCUGGAGCCUAAUACAGUAUCAUUCAAUUUUAAGUUUUGGAGAAAUAUGUACCAUCAGUUUGAUCGAAGUAUGCAUCCCAGGCAAUCUGUAUUCAACCUGAUAAUGAACAUGAGUGAACAAAAUAAACAACUGGAGGAAGACAUUAAGGAACUGGAAGCUAAAAUAAAGCAGAGAAACGGGCAGCCAGAUGCAGUCCUUUUGAAGGAACAUCAGCAGCCUGUCCACCCAGCACCCGUGGCACUGAAGAGCCCUCCAUGCUUCAAAAAGGAGCAGCCGCUGAUCCCUGUCAAUGAUACUGUAAGAACUAUAGAGGGCAGCAACACUGCAGACAAUCGCUACAGUGAAUUCGUGGAAGAGUUCUCGAAAGCUGAGCCUGCCGUUGUCAGCCUGGAGUAUGGAGUGGCCAGGAUGACCUGCUAAUUAAAAUCUGGCGCUGUGCUCCUCUUCCAGACCGAUUGAAUUAAGAGACGGAUUGUUUUGAGGAGGGCGUCUUUGCUGCAUGACCAAAACAUGAUUUGUAUAUCAGCAAGUUUUGUUAAUGUAGACUAGAACAGCAUGCUGGUUGUCAAGUGUUUGCUGUUCUCUUAAAAACAAAUAAGGAAGUGUAGCUGGGUUUUAAAAGAAGUAGGGGCAUUUAGUAAGUAGUGACUAAAAGUCAAGGAAGGGUAUGUCUUUGGACUUAAGUCAGUUUGCACUAAGUUGAUUAAAGCAGUGAUAUUACUUUACUCGGUAUAGGAGAACGCAGGUGGUCUUUCACAAUUUGAUUUUAUUUGGGCAAGAAAACUUGAAAUUUCUAUUUUAGGAACUGAAGCUACAUGUAUAUAUCACAUAUGAAUAUGUAUACUCUUGUUUAAUGUCACCCAGUACUAACUUUUGGUGUAUUAAGUGCCAUGGAAAAAUAUGAUAUGUUUCAAAUCACAAAGAGUUGGCCUUAAACCUGUCAGAUCAACGAUAUAUUUGUCCUUUACUAUUGCAGUCUACCUGGCUCUGUUUACAUUGUAUUUGCUCAAAUUCUUAGUUCCUUAAAACAGGACUGAACCUAAGGAAUGAAGCAUGCCUAAGCUGGCACAGCCUUUUGACAAAUAGCGCUAUGAAUGUUAACGUCUCACUGAAGACUCUU